AUGGCUAGCCCGCAACAUGCCCUCAGAGAUGACACACUUGACGCAGUCCGUAGCUUGAUCGGCCCAUGGAAUGGGCUUAGUGUCACGUUCCGAACGCAAGAAGUAGGUACUAUACCUUACCAGUACUACUGGGCCAAAGUCGACCCGAAAAGGUUGAUUACUCGAGGCUCCAAGCUAUGGGAGGAAGCCCAACGGCUGACAUUCGUACCUAUCAUGCACGUACAACUCCCAACGACCACCGGCCCUCUCAUGCUCCACUCAAUCAUGAAGGCAGUAGAAGAAGUCAUUGAUAAAUACAUCAAGAUCUUCCGAGAGGGCUCAGAGUUAUAUAGCGUAGGCCAAGGUGUCGAUCCUAGCCAGAUGAUGGUUAUGUUCAAGCCGUUCAACGUGUCCCUCGGCCCUCGUAAUACUGUCGCAAUACUCCCUCCUCCGCCAUCGGAACUUCUCCAAGUAGAACCAAGUUGGAAAUUUAGACGCAACUUGCCGCCGAAGCAGAUUAUACAGCUAGAGAAUAUGAACGACCCGAAGAGGGAGGAGUGGGAAAGAGAGUGGGUUGAGUGGAAUGCUGCGAGAGCUGCUUAG